UCCUGCAGCGCACAAUCGCCAAACUCCCAUAUGAUACCUUGCACAGAAUCCAGAUCCUUUCCUCUUUCUUGUUUCAACACCGUUUUCGCCAUUGAAACCUCGAAUCCUAUUGUGGCUGCAAGAAUUUGAUCCGUAUACUUAUCAGAUGUUAACACUUUUCGCGAAGAAACCUCUCGUCACUCUCAUUUUCUUCACAAUCAUCCUAUUGUUCGCGGUGAUCUCUCUGUCUCCAUCUUCACCUUUUUCCCAGAUCCCUCUCUAUUCCGCCAUUGGCGAAUCCGAUAUAUGGAGUGCUAAAAGGAUUUUAGAAUGGCGACCUUGUAAAUGGUGGCUUCAAGGGCAUUUGACUGCUCUGCCGGUAGAGACUAAUGGUUACAUUCGUGUGGAUUGUUAUGGCGGGCUUAAUCAGAUGAGGAGAGAUUUAUGUGAUGGUAUUGGCAUUGCAAGAUUACUGAAUGCAACUCUUGUUUUACCAAAAUUCGAAGUGGCUGCAUAUUGGAAUGAAUCAAGUGGUUUCACAGAUGUGUUCGAUGUGGACUACUUCAUCCAACAACUAAAAGGAUUUAUAAAAGUCGUGAAAGAACUUCCUGCAGAAAUUGCAUCAAAAGAACCUAUUCGAGUGGAUUGCAGCAAACGCAAAGGCCAAUUUGAUUAUAUCGAGUCUGUUCUCCCCUCUCUAUUGAAGCAUCAUUACAUCUCCAUCACACCUGCAAUGAGCCAACGCCGUGAUAGGUUUCCAGUCUACGCAAAGGCCGCCCUUUGUCAAGGGUGUUACAGUGCAUUGCGCCUAACGAACUCCUUGGAGACCAAAAGCUCAGAGCUUCUAGAAGCUAUACCGAAACCCUUUCUCUCUCUUCACCUUCGUUUUGAACCCGAUAUGGUAGCAUACAGUCAAUGCGAAUACAACGGUCUUUCUCCGGCGUCCAUGGCGGCAAUCGAGGCGGCACGUGGCGGUGGUGAUCGGAAACCAUUCACCGGAGACACCGCGAGUAUUUGGAGAAACCGAGGAAAAUGUCCACUCACUCCAAAAGAAACGGCUUUGAUUCUCCAAUCUCUUUCAAUCCCAACAAACACAAACAUUUAUUUAGCAGCUGGAGAUGGAGUUAUGGAGCUUGAAGGGUUGACUUCUGUUUACACGAAUGUGAUUACAAAAUUGUCUGUUUUGAGUGGGGAAGAGUUGAAAGACAUGCAUGGGAAUACGAAAGCUGCUCUUGAUUAUUAUGUGUCGAUUAAUAGUGAUGCUUAUGUGGCUACUUAUUUUGGUAAUAUGGAUAAAAUGGUGGCUGCUAUGAGAGCUUAUAAGGGUUUGUAUAAAACGGUUUUUUUGAAUAGGAAGGCGUUUGCCGAGUAUACUUCAAAGGGGCUAAAAGGGAAAGAAUUGAUGGAAGCUAUGAGAAAGGCUCAGGAAGAUGAUUUUGUUAUGGGGAAAGGCUCUGCUUUGCCUGAUUGUUUUUGUGACUUCAAGUUAUGAUGUUUUUGUUUGAUUUUUAUACCUCUAUUUGUAACUUUCUCUUGUAUUUUUUUUCAAUUUCUAGUAGCACUUUAUGG